UUUGGAGCAGUCACAUAUGAUAGGGUCAUGUUUUGGAAGCCUGGUAACGGUAAAAUAAGUGUUGGUAAAGAUGAGAUGACGUCACAAAACACUAGCGAGAAAGGUGAAAACGUCAUUUUGUCUCAUGGGGAAAGCGUCGCUGUUGAGAGA